AUGAGCAUGGAUGGUGAUGUGUAUUUAAAGUUGGCCAGGGAGAACCUCCAGCGUGGACGCCUUAAGACGCAGACUCAGAUACUGCGAAGCACAACGGCCAUUGUGAGGUCGUUGGGCCGGGCGGUACAGUGGCAGAGGGCCAUAGCUAAGCUGGAUGAGCUGAAGGCCCUCCAGGUGCUUCCUGACCAGGUCCUGUUCAGCUCUGUGAUAGCUGCGUGCCGGAACGCAGGGAUAUGGAAGUGGGCCGUCAGUCUGUUCGACACGCUGGAUGGCCAGGUGCGUGUGGAUGUGGUGACCUGUGCUACUGUAAUUGGUGCUUUUGACCGGGCUGUUGGCGGGCAGCGCUGGCAAGAGGCACUGUGUCUCUUCAGAGAGUUUUCCGGCCGCCGGAUCGAAGCCAACAAUGUUGCUUACAAUGCAGUCGCCAAUUGCUUUAAGGAGCACGGGGGUUGGUCGAGUGCCCUUCGUUUCAUCCAGGAGCUUGGAGAGCGGAGCCUGAGAGCAGAUCUUGUCAGCCACAACACGGCUCUCAGCACCUUCGAGGAAGCUUCAGCAUGGCAACAGGCACUCAGCGCUUUCGCCUUCCUCCAACUUGGGCAGGAGCAGGUGGACUUGAUCACAUGCAGCACGGCAAUUAGCAUUUUUGCGAAAGCGGGAGAGUGGCAGCUGGCUCUGCUGCUCUUCUGCGAGUUAGUGCAGAGCCCGGAUGUCAUUGCGUUUAACUCGGUGAUCAGUGCGUGUGUGGGAGGCGGACAAUGGCAAACAGCGUUAUUCUUGCUGGAGGAACUUGACCGGCGAGAACUGAGACCGAAUCUCAUCACAUACAAUGCUGUCAGUUCAGUGCUCGACGCGGGAGGUGCUUGGCAGGUUGCUGAUCGGAUGCUAGGCAAUCUUGCCGAGCAGGCUUUUCAGGCUGACCUCCUUACUUUCAAUUCUUUGCUGGGUGCUCACGAGGGCGAGUGGCGGCGUGCCUCGAUGUUGCUUCAUUCACUUGAAGCAGAGGGUUUGCAGGCUGAUGCCAUCUCCUUUACUGCGGCAAUCCGAGCCAGCGACAUCAGACUAUGGACCCAUAGCUUUCUCCUGUUGCAACGCCUGGCGAAUCGUGGUAUGGACCCAGAUGUGAUAAUUGCCAGCUCUGCCAUCAAUGCAUGUGAGAAGCAUGCUCAGUGGCAGAAUGCACAGCUUGUGUUGCGGCAGCUCCGCAGCAUCUUCGUGCAAGACGAUGUGAUUGUUGGCAAUGGGAUAGUCGGUGCCUGUGCCAAGAAGGGCGAGUGGUUGCAUGGCCAGCUUUGGCUUGGCAAUUUACGAAGCAAUCAGGUCCAGCCAAGUGUGAUUUCCUACAGCUCCGCGAUCACUGCAUGCGAGAAAGGCCGCAUGUGGCAAUCGGCUUGUCUGUUGCUGGAGGAGCUGACUGGGCAGCGCCUGCUGAACGAGAUCGCCUUGAAUGCCGCAAUCAGUGCCUGCGAGAAGGCCGGUGAAUGGCAGCUGGCCCUGGUGCUGUUGUGGGAGCUGCAGACGACCCCAAAUAUUGUCGCCUGCAACGCCGCCAUCAGUGCCUGUGCUCAGCGCGGGGCGUGGGAGCCGGCAAUAGAGUUGCUGCAGGAGGUGGUGAGACAACGUCUGGAGCACAGUAUCACCACUUACAAUGCUGCGCUCACGGCCUGCCAAAAAGCUGCAAAGUGGCGUGUUGGACAACAGCUGCUUGAGGACCUACAGGGGUUGCAGCCUGACCUUAUCACGGAAACGCUGGCGGGCCGGGUCUUUGAUAGUGCUGGAGACUGUGGGCGUGUCCUGCAUACCCUAGCGGCCACGGACGUCGACUGCCGUGAAGAGCUUCGUGCAAGAUUUCGGUAG